AUGGAGCACUCCGCUCAAGUCUGUUCAAGUAGGUUCCUCUAUCGAAGCAUGGGCUUUGACCUCUACGAGCAUGCACGUGAUAAGGGGUUGUGCGUCUAUCGGUUUAAAAGGUCGGACUUCAUUCCACCUUUUCCAAAGGCUUAUGAUAGGUCUCUUGCUGCGCUUUGCGCUCUACCAAAGAAUAGGUUCAUCCAGUUUUAUCCAUUGGUAUUUGACGGCGACGAUGGAUACAUCGUAAUGGAAAAGCACGGCGUGCCUCUGUCACACUUUAUCAACGAGUUGAAGAGCCAGAACCGGGAACUUGACGUAGAUGAAUUCUGGAAGAUCACAGUUCAGCUAAUUUAUAUACUUAUCUUGUUUUCUACCAUAGAAGGAAGGCGGAAUACAGUCGGCCUGGACAAAGACUACACGAAUGUUACCCCUGACUUGUUCCUACAUGUGCUAAAGUUAUUUGAAGGUAUGACAGAAGAAGAACGGGUGGCUCAUAUUGCUGUCACUCCAAGCGUUAUAUUUAUUAACAGCAAUCUGGAAGUUAAGCUAUUAAUUUUGAAUCUGUUUAAUUGCAUUGAAACAAGCAAGGGGUUAGCAGACGCAGCAGCACACGAGGAAUAUCUGUCAUUCCUGGCACCAGACAACUUAGAAGAAAAAAUACAUCUCAGGGCGCUGGAUUGCUGGUCUGUCGGAGCAAUUAUGUGGUACUUGGUUAAAUUAGAGUACCCAAGGUUUCACCACGAUUCCACAACUAAGGAAAGUGUCAUUGUUAAGCCCAUACCAAACCUCGACAGAAAUGUUCAGCUCUGCCUUUCCAUGCUCUUGGUUGUCAAUCCCGAGCAGAGAUGGUGUAUCGAGGAUCUUCUUAUGUUGCCUACAGUGCGUGGGUAUAUGGAAUCGCUUAACUUGCUGCCGCCAUCUAAAUCAGUAGAAACGAGCCUGGUUGACGAGCCCGAUCUGAAGAAGAUUAGCACCCAACUCCAGGAGCAGCAUGCUGAGCUCGAGACUAAGCUUGAGCAGAAGGUGGCAGAAUUAGACGAUAUCAUCAAAGCUCAUGCGGCAGAGAAAGAAGAAGAUGAUUAUCAUAUUAAAAAGCUUGAAGAGAAGAUUGUAGAACUUGAAAGGACCAACGCAAGGCUGCUGAAAGAAAAGAAGAACACUGAAAGCCGUGUCAUGACUAGCAUUUCUGUGGAUGCCACACAGACCCCUAGAAAGGCAUCCUCCGUCAAAACAGUGGCUAUUCAAGUAGCUAUCACAAACACACAGAAGGAAAAAAGCGGGGACGAAGCUAAUGGUCCCGUGAUCAAGCACUUGACCCAACUAUUAGCACAGAAUGUCAACAUCACAUCUGAGCUCAGUACAUUGACAGCAGCUUGCCAAGACUUUAAACAGCAAGUGCAGGAAUGUAUUCGGGAGGAACUGGCACAAAUAAAGAUUCUCCCGCAGCAACUAGAUCGACGGUGUAAAGGCUUUGCUCCAGCAGGUGUAAGCAUAAACGCACACGAGUCUGCAAUCGGUACUACUGCCACCGUGGCUAGCACUGUUACAUCUGCCGGCACAUGGACUGAUGCCUUGCUUAGUGACCCGGUAGAGUGCAUGGAGCCUUUAACCCCAGAACUUCAGAGUCUCUUUGACAAGUUACUGAAAGAUAGCGAAGGUCUUAAGGUAACGGAAUCUCUGAGCAAUCUCAUAUCCGAGUUUGUGGACAGGCGCGACUUCUGGUGUCACUACCAGAACGAGAAUGAUCCAGAGCCUUUCGAGGAUCCGAUGGUCACAAAGAUCUUUUUACUUGUAAAAGACAUGAAGAGACCACAGGGCAAGCAAACAAAAGAAGGAAAGCAGAGUUGUAAGUCCACAAAGAAGGACAGUAAGCCCACGGAGCUAGAGCUGCUUCUAAGCGGAAAUAACAGGUAUGACCAGUACGUUCUAUCGACCGCAAGAUCUCUGUUCAUCCGCUUACUUGCCCAAUUACAGGGAUACUCUCUCUUAAAUAAAGGUUAUACAAGGGAGUACGUUAAUGCCUUGCUAGGACACGCACCAGAUGGUGUCUCUGCAGACGCUUUGCUAGCUAUCCAGCCAGACGGACAGACCCUUCUCUUCAGGCUGGCAGAACAAGGAAAUCCAAACUCCGUCGAUGUCAUAAAGCACGCUUCACAAGACGGAGAAUACUCAGUCAGAUAUAUAGACUCUCUACUCCGAAUGGGCCACUACGUAAUCGGAAAAUCUACCGUAAUGAUGAUCAGCGCCUACUUGGGAUGGGAGCAACUGGUAAAAAACUUGGUUCCAUAUGAAAAGGAAUUGAUCGGGUUCUCUUACACCUCCUUAAUGACUGCUAUCUUCGGCCUCAGAGCGGAAUGUGCAGCUAUCCUGGCUCCGAAGGAGCAUGGUGCAAAGUCUACCAGUGGAAAAACCGCUCUUAUGCAUGCAGUGCAGCACGGGUUUGUUGAGGGUGUCCAGAUUCUUCUGCAAUAUGAGCCUAUACCCGAGGACAGAGCGUGGGAAAACACCACAUGCUCAUUGGCCCGUUCGCAAACCAACAAAGGCAUAAUCAUCAUGAUGCUUGAAUGCUGUAUAGACACAUCCAGUGAGGGCAGUAUCGACGAUAGCCACGGUGAGCCAACCUAUUCUGUCUACUAA